CGUACUCGGUACAAGCCACUUCGACUGGUCUCUCGAAGCCCGCCUCAAAAGUGGUCGUUUUCGGUGAUUCUUUCUCUGACACCGGAAUUUGGGAAGCCCUCAUCUGGCCCGACUACCUGGGAAACUAUUUAAAGGUCCCAGUCUACUCGUUUGCCAAAGCCGGCGCGACAUGUUCCAAUGACCUCACCCCUCGCAUUUGGCCUGAUGUCGUACACAAUGAAGUACCCUUGUAUACGACAAUGAAGAACAAUGGAACAUUGGGGAGACUUGAUCCUGCAACCACUGUGUAUACUCUCUGGAUCGGGACAAACGAUGUAGG